UUGGGUCACGUCUUGCUACAGUCCUCCAGCGGGCCGGGCUGCUUGUGGGUCGGUGAGGGUGGGACAAGAACGCCUUCCCCUGCGGCCUGGCGGCGCCGGAAAAAACCCUCGAUGGCCAUUUGGGCCGAGUGCCCGACAGGGCCUCGGGCGCCUCGCCUCGGGCCGGUUCCGGGUGUCUGGUCAGUCUCAGGGCGUUUGGAGAUGGGAUUCUUGGGUCUUGUACUUAAGCUUUGAAAAUGGGAGACGGCACAGUUUUGCUUUUCCUGGAGACAAGGGGAUAAUGAUAUCGCCUAACUUACUGGAUUGCUGUGAGGAGUAAAAGGCUUCGUUUGUGCAAGUAGUCUCUUGCAGAAAUACAGCUCACAGCUGCAGUGAAACGGGAGAACUCCUUGGCUCGGGAUGGCUAGAGAAUCAAGGGAAAGCACAGCCCUGGACUCACACUCUGCAGAGGACCAGAUGGAGUUACUGGUCAUAAAGGUGGAACAGGAAGAGGCCUCCCCCUUGGCAGAGGAGGCCAGUUGGCUGGGCAGCCCUGGGCCAGACCGCUCCCGCCAGCGCUUCCGCGCUUUCCGCUACCCAGAGGCUGCUGGACCCCGGCAGGCGCUGAGCCGGCUCCGAGAGCUCUGCAGACAGUGGCUGCGGCCAGAUAUGCACAGCAAAGAGCAGAUUCUGGAGCUGCUGGUGCUGGAGCAGUUCCUGACCAUCCUGCCAGGGGAGCUGCAGGCCUGGGUGCGCGAGCAGCACCCCGACAGCGGGGAGGAGGUGGUGGCGCUGUUGGAGUACUUGGAGAGGCAGCUGGACGAGACGCCUCCACAGGUUCCAGACGAUGACGAUGGGCAGGAAAUGCUUUGCUCCAAGACAGUACUGCUGACAUCAGCCCAGGGCUCAGAGAGUAGCCCGAUGGAGCCCAUGGAGCCUCUGCUUAAGCAGGAGUCUUUGGGAUCCCUGUCCUCAGAAGUCAGAGUCACCCCGGGGGGCCACUGUGGAGAAGAUGGAGUGGCAGCUCCCAGGCUCACUUCCGAGUUGCAGGGGUUGCUAAAAAUGGAAGAUGUAGCUCCAGCCCUUUCUCCCAGAUGGACAGAACAAGAUUCAUCUCAGAUGAACCUCUACAAAGAGGACAUGCAGGAAGACCCUGGUAGCCUGGUUUCCCUAGAUCAGGACAUGCAGACUAAGAUUAGGGACUUGCCUCCCGCUGAGGAGUACACAGAACAAAAGCCUGAGCAGACACUGUGCUUCUUGGGUGAAGACACUGUCCAGAUUCCUGCAGGUGCAGAAGCCAGUGAGCAGGAAGGCAAGUUACAGACAACACAGAAAACUGCCACUGGAAAUAGGCGGUUCUACUGCCGUGAAUGUGGAAAGAGUUUUGCUCAGAGUUCAGGCUUAAGUAAACACAAAAGAAUCCACACUGGAUUGAAACCCUAUGAAUGUGAGGAGUGUGGCAAAGCCUUCAUUGGAAGCUCAGCUCUCAUCAUUCAUCAGCGGGUUCACACUGGUGAGAAGCCAUACGAGUGUGAAGAAUGUGGCAAGGCCUUCAGUCACAGCUCAGAUCUCAUCAAGCACCAGCGAACCCACACUGGGGAAAAGCCCUACGAGUGUGAUGACUGUGGGAAGACCUUCACCCAGAGCUGCAGCCUCCUUGAGCAUCACAGAAUUCACACUGGGGAGAAGCCGUACCAGUGCAAUAUGUGUCCCAAAGCCUUUAGGCGUAGCUCACAUCUCCUGAGACACCAGAGGACCCAUACUGGGGAUAAAGAUUUUUUUGUUCCAGAACCUUACUGGGAAAGUCAUAGUAGGGUGGAAAGCCAUUGGGAAAAUAUUGAAACUCCUGUGUCUUAUCAGUGCAAUGAUUGUGCAAGAAGUUUCAGUAGGAUUACAAGCCUUAUUGAGCACCAAAAAGUACACACUGGUGAAAAACCCUUUGAGUGCAAAACAUGUGGAAAAGGCUUCACCCGACCUUCAUACCUUAUUCAACAUCAGAGAAGACACACAGGGAAGAAACCUGUCACAGUGACCCCCGCUGUACAUUCCGAAGUUGGUGUUCAACUGUCAUUGAACUGAAGUCAUUCUUGAGCCCUUAUGACUGCAGAAGUCAUAGCCUGGGCUCUAUCUAAUAAUGCACAUUCUUAGAUAUUAGGGAUCUGGCUGAGACUCAUUAUCUUCUACAUGCUAGAAGGUAACUAGAGGAAAACAAAAAACUUAUUUCAUAGGAGGUUAUGAGAAAGAGUUGUCUGUAAGAGUUCUCACCCAUUGGAAUCAAAUGGGCUUCCUGACUGGCAAACUGCCUUCCCUUGGCCUGCAUCUCAGGUCUCCUGAGGGACACUUAUGCUUUGGGGGGGUUACUCUGACCCUUUGUUAGGCUAAGGAGCUCUUCAUAAGUGGUCAGACUUUGAAAUCAUAUGUCCUGCUUUGUGCCUUGUAUACAGGUGCUAACUCAUAGAGACGUAUUAAAUAUACUGGCGAGGUUUCCUGCAUAGCUCUGAAAACCCAUUAUUAUCUGGAAAAUUUCACCAAGGCCAUUUGUAUAUCUUAAAAAACAAACAACAGGAUGUUUUAGAUUGAGUCAGUGUAGUAUUGCCUUGUUUUUAUUUUUGCUUUUGUUUUUUUUUGCCAAGUUCCCUGACUUGGCAGGGGAGGGGUGAAGGUGAGGUUACUGUGCUAGAAUCCUUUAAUUCUUUACCUAAUUUAGGAAUUCUGUGAGAGUGCCUUAAGCAGCUUCUUUAGCAUUAAGUCAUUGUGAAUGUGCCACCCAUGGAAUUCCAAUAAUAUUUUUUUUCUGUUAAUUUUGUUAUUCUUGGGAGGAAAAAAAAAAACCCUUUCCUACUCAUGUAGUGUGAAAACCAGUUCCAGAAUAAAGUGAUCAAUGUCUAA